AUGGGACUCUUAAACUGUUUCAAGAUUUUUACGUUGAAAAGGGGAAGGUCGAGAGCGAAAGGAGUGAAGGACAGUCCUACUGGAGGACCUUCUUCCUCUGCUACCGCGCCAGCCACCUUCCCUAAUGCCCAUCCCGUACCGAGACCUUGCAAGUUUUCGUCAAGUCCCCAGAUUCCGAGACUUACCUCCGAGUCUCUGUCAAAUGAUGAUGACAAGAAGACCAACCCCAAUGACUCUGACAGCCUUCCACUGACGGCGAAGAAGGACGCGGGGGCAAACGACGCGUCUUACGAGAAAGAGGAAUCACUUCCGCCCCCGGUCCCCGCCGAUAAAUCUCCUGAAGACCUGUGGCAAAAGAGCUUUGAGGCCAUGUCAGAAGAGGAGCAAGGACAGCUCAAAGAGCUCAUGGUGACACCGGCUGAGAUCUGGUCAACUGAGGAGCCAACAUCAUCUACCUUUACUGGUACAGAUUUUCGGACAAUAAUCGAGAUGACUCGGGAAAGGCAGAAGCAAUGGAAUGAUCGAACCUACAAAUUCAAGAUCCGUGGCCCCACGAUCUUGGGGACAUCGGCGUUACAAUUUCUGCCCCAGCCCGCGAGCAUAGUCUGGCCCUUGGUUAAAGGUAUUCUGCAGGUGCCGACCAACGCAGACGCAGAAACCGCAGUUGCAGCCUUGACAGCAGAUAUCCUCAUCCGGAAUAUUAGCUGCGGAAGCGCAUACGAGGAGAUCUAUCGAGGGAAGGUGGUCCUCGAGCGAUGGGAAAUGCUCCGGUCCGCUCUCGUCAAACUCUAUGUUGCAGCAUUGAAGCUUCUCAUCUUCGCUUCCAAGCGAUUCAGAAAGCAUACUGCCUCUCACCUGAUUGAAGCCAUUUUGAGCCCCCAGGCAGGGCAGAACCAAGUUACAGAUCUGAAGUCGCGUUAUUCCGAGCUGCUUGAAAUUGUCCAAUAUUGUCAGAAUGAGGUAACCGGCCGAAUGAGUGAAAAUGUCAAUGAUAUUCUCAAAGCACUGGAGAAGUUCCGUGGAUUGGAUUCAUUCGUCGUGGAAAGCUUCGAUACCCUCUUUGAGCGAAUGGAUGAACAACGAGUGUCAGCUAUUCUCAACUGGGUUUCACCAAACAAGCCAUUUGACCGCCAUAAUCCCAAGAAGAAAGACCGAGCGGCCGAUACAUGCCGGUGGAUUCUUCAUGAUCCAAUCUUCGAAAUUUGGGAGCGGAGCAUUUCACCAGAGGUUAUCUGGUUGCAAGGAUCCAUUGGCACUGGGAAAAGCGUUUUGACGUCUAUGGUCAUUGAUCAUCUUUUGGAAACCCAAGAGCCUACUGAGGGACUGGCAUUUUACUACUGUGAACGUAGAGGACAGAGCUUUCAGAUAUCAGAUGAUGUGAUCAGGAGCCUUUUGCGCCAAUUAGCAUGCUCACCCGAAAAAGAGUUCCCUAAUAGAAAGAUUCACAAAGAUCUUCAGUCUCUUUGCCAAGAUGGAAAAUCAGAUGACCAAACUAGAUAUCGGGACCUGCAUAGAGUACCUGCAUCGGGGUCAAGGCAUGAGCUUUUCAAGGAGAUCAUUAAUUUCUUUUCGACUCAAUCGGGGCAUUCAAUUAGGGUAUUUGUUUCUGCUCGUCCGGAGCCUGAUAUUAUGGCCUGCUUUGAAAAAUUUCCCGUUAUUGCUACCGAAAAUCCGGGCGUCCAAAAGGAUAUCAAAAGCUUCAUAAGAAACAGGAUCACCUGCCUUUGGGAUAAUCCGUGGACGAGUAUCUCAAAGGAAGUUCAAACAGAGACGAUCGAUAUACUCACAGAGAAAAGCAACGGAAUGUUCCAGUGGGUGAAUUUGCAAAUUGAACAACUCAAGGACUGUGAUAUUGACAGUGCUGUUCGCGAACGCCUUGCAAUAAUGCCGAAGGAGCUAUCAGAUGCUUAUAACGAAAUUUAUGACCGGAUAUCCAGAGUGCAAUCCCAGAAACAGCUCGUGGAUUGUGCUUUCAAGUGGGUGAUGUGUUCAUACUCGCCUGUGAGCCCAGAGUACAUUGUGACAGCUGUUCGAUUUCUCGGAGAUCGCAAUGCGCCAGAAGAAGAGAUUAGCAUCGAAAGGCUACUAGGUCUUUGUCAAAAUUUGCUUGUAAUCGACGAGUCCACAGGCUAUCUGAGAUUUCCACAUGCUUCUGUAGUGGAAUCCAUCGAGAAGGAAUUGUGGGACACGCGAGCGGCGGACUGUUAUGCUUCCAAGGCUUGCCUGCAGUGUCCUAUGGUCGCGCAUGGUGAAGAGGAAGAGGGUACAACCUACACCACCGAAAGAACAGCCAGGGCACUUGUAGCCGCUGAUGAUUCUAGUACACACCUCACGAACCACUUCCAUAUGUAUUGUCGGUAUCAUUGGAUGCACCAUGCUCAACGCUAUGAGACCAUGGUGUCAAAUCCGGAAGACUUUGAUAAUGGGCUUAUCUCGUUGCUCAAAAGAUUUCUGGAUUCACCAACACAAAGCGGACCUUUCUAUCAAAGGUGGUACCAUGACGUUGUGAUGGACGGCAGAUUUGGCUAUUAUCCGAGAUUGUACGAAUUGAUAGAUGAGGACAGGUUUCUGAGAACCUACAGGGUGAUCGCAGGAGACCUCUCCCCACCGACUCUUCCAAUACUUGCUAUGUGCUCAUUUGGGCUCGAUGCAAUACUUCUUGAUUGGUGGGAAAGUGCUGGGGCACUGUAUAACUCUCUAAAGAAUUCGAAAGAUGAAAGUCUCCUGAUUUUAGCGGUGAAGACUAAUCAUCUUCCGAUUUGUCAGAGGCUUGUGGAAAAUGGUGCACCUAUUGAUUAUGAGUGUGAUGGGGGCAAUGCUCUAUAUUUGGCGGCAAAAGAAGGUCAUAGGGAUAUUGUGGAGAUCCUGGUACAAAACAAAGCCUCUGUUAAUCACGUUAAUCGCUACCACGGAACUGCUCUGACAGCUGCCGUGUCUCAUGACCACCUUGAUAUAGCACGACUAUUAGUAAAGAGAGGGGCAGGGGUAGGGAUCAAUCUCCAUGGAGAAUCCGGUGAAACCCCGCUGGGGGCUGCAGCUUCUCGAGGUAGUCUUGAAGCCAUUCAGUUUCUGCUUGACGAAGGUGCUGAUAUCAACCAGCUUGGGGAAUACCAUAGAACCCCUCUUGUUGCUGCUGCCUGCUACAAGUGGGGAAGUCCUCUCGCAGCUGUAGCAUACACCGGUAGGCUUGAACUAAUGCAACUUCUAAUUGCGAAUGGAGCGAUAAUCAAUUUACCCGGAGGGUCCAUUGGAUGCCCUCUUGCCGCUGCUGCGGCUGGUGGUGAGCUUGAGGCUGCCAGGUUUCUGCUGGACAAGGGUGCAAACGUCAAUUUGGUGUCAGGAAGUUAUGGAAGCGCCCUUGCAGCCGCUGCAUAUUAUGGAGAGCUUAAUGCUGUUCACUUCCUAGUUCAAAAUGGAGCGGAUAUCAAUAUGCCACUCACGGGCCCGUACGGAAGUGUCCUUGCUAUAGCCGCAUUUGAAGGCCAUUUCGAUGUGAUCCGGCUUUUGGUAGAUAGAGGCGCGAUGGUGGAUCUGCCUCUCGAGAAUGGGCUCGUGGGAAGUGAACUUGCCGGUGCCGCCUGGGCAGGAGAUGUAGAAAUCGUGGAGUACCUUAUCAGCAAAGGAGCAACAAUUGAUGGGGCUCUCUCGGGAUUCUUCGGAAGUGCCCUGGCCGCUGCAGCAUAUAAAGCGGAAUUUGACAGCGUCCGACUUCUGAUCGACAAGGGUGCAAGUGUCCAUCUUCAACUCGUGACUGGAUCACUGGGAAGUGCGCUUGCGGCAGCAGCCGCAGCAGGAAGCGUUGAGAUUGUUAUGUUUCUCAUUGAAAAGGGGGCUGAUGUCAACCAGGCUUUGGUAACUGGAAAGCAUAAAACCGCAUUGAGUGCAGCUUCAUACUGGGGGCAGGUUGAAUGUGUGAAGGCUCUACUCAACGCUGGAGCCGUUGUGGACUUUCCAUUAAAUGAUAUCAGUCCCGAGAUCCCCGUCGAGGCAAGUUUGCUUAGAUUAUGGUCUUCGGAGGUACCGUCAGAUUGGGAUAACGUGUUUUCCUUCCCUUGGAGAUGGAGAUCUGAAUACCAAAUGGCUGAUGAUAAGCAAGAGGUAAUGAGAAUACUGGAGAACCACGCCAAGACACAUUCUUAGCGAGACGUGUGUGAUUUGAUGGGAUGCAUCGAUUGGAGCGUGUGAGUC